AUGAAUUUAUACCAAACCUCACUCCCUCCUCCUGACACAAUUAAUUCUCAACCUACUUAUUCAAAUAUUCAGACAAACGAACAAGUUCAACAAGAAGGUGGAAUAAUUAAUAAUCCAAACCCAUCGUAUGGCUAUUCAAAUGAAACAACUCAACCAUCAAAUUAUGUCCCUUAUCAAUCACCCCAAUACUAUCAACAAACUCCAGUAUCCUUGCCAUCUUAUAAUCAGACAUUUACUUCAUCCGAACCAAAAUACGAACAAGAAGUUCCUGUUAUAUCAUCUUCAUCUUCUGAUUCUGAACAAAGUAAAUGGUUUCAAUUUACAUUAACAUUUUUCCUUUUUGGAUUUUGCUUCAUUUUCUUCUGGCUUGCUUCUUUUGUGAUUUCUCGAAAAUCAAGUCAACCUUUUACACGGGUAAUAGGGACAAUUUCUAUAAUAUUAUUUUUAAUAUCUUUUAUUUGGUGGAUCGUAUUCGUUACUUGUGUGCUUUAA